UGGGCUAUGCUUUGGUUCCUACUUAGCAGUGCCAUGGAUUCAAAUUUCCUUCCAAGAGUUUUGUUUCUCUUCAUAACAACGCAAAGCUUCUUCCAGGCUGGAUCUACAAGUGUGCUUGAUGUCCGUCAAACUCUUAGAGAAAGUUACAGACUGAUGAGGAGGGGCACUGAGCCAUUAUCUUUCAAGGAGAGACCAUCCAAUGAGACUGUCCUCCCUGGUGACACCGUGCUGAUAGCGUGUUCCGCACAAAAUGGCGACAUCUCUCGGCAGAAGUGGUACAAGGGAGACCAACCCCUGGCACCGCCAUUUUCUGGUUCGGUUUUCGUUUUGCAGAACCUCAACCUCCUUGUUGUUGGGACGGAAGAAAACGCGGGAAAAUACACGUGUGUGUUGGAGAGGGGAGAGGAGACAAUCUCUGCUGACGUUUGGAUAACUUUAAAAACAGAACUUGCAUUUUUGGACAAGCCCAGCAACGCCACCGUUCAGUUUGGAGAAAGUCACAUCUUCCCGUGUUCGGCAGAGGGCGCUGUUGAUAUCUCAUGGACCAAAGACGGGCAGCCGUCCGACACGUUCAUCGACGGCGACCGAGUCCUGCAGCAUCGGGGCGACCUGGUGUUCACUGCCGUAAGCCUCACCGACAGCGGCCGGUACACCUGCACGGCAAGAAGUACGGAGGGGGGCAGGAGCAUCCAGGCUCAGGCCAUCCUGAAAGUAGACAUCGAUGUUGAUAAUGUGUGCGGCAGACCGUUCUACCCGCACGCUCCGGACGGGUUUGUGGUGGGCGGCACGGAGGUGGAGCGGGGGGCGUUCCCCUGGCAGGCCAUGCUGUGGGACAUCAGACCCGCCAGGAACAGGUUUUUCUGUUCGGGGAGCCUACUGACCGGUCGUUGGGUCAUCACGGCUGCGCACUGCAUCCGGGAGCCAGGGGUCAGGAAGGACGACUUUAUCGUCCGGCUCGGGAGGCACACAACAGAGAGGGGCGCGUUCGAACAGACUGAGAGGUCUUACAUGGUGGAAGAAAUAAUCGUCCAUCCCGACUUCAACGGCAACACCUACGAGUCGGACAUCGCCCUGUUGAAGCUCUCUGGACCGGAAGUGACGUUUACAGAAUACAUUCUUCCCAUCUGCCUUCCGGAAGUCCUGGACGCCAGGAGACUCGUCCGUUCGGGACAGGUCGGGACUGUGACCGGCUGGGGCGCUGUGCAAGAGGGAGGACCUUAUUCAACUACUCUUAUGAAGGUGAGCCUCCCAUUGGUGUCCUUAGGGCGGUGCCGCCGGGCACACCCUCAGUACGCAGGGGACAUCAGCAAGAACAUGUUCUGCGCAGGUCGCACCUCGGGAGGCCGGGACGCGUGCGAGGGAGACAGCGGUGGACCGUUCGCCGCCUACGAUAACGGAAGAUGGAUGCUGUUGGGGAUCGUCAGCUGGGGAGACGGCUGCGCACUGCAGGGGAAGUAUGGAGUCUACACGCGUGUGCACCGCUUCCGCGAAUGGAUUCUAACUUAUUUAGAGAAAACAGCAAAUCCAGGGGACGACGAUGACAAUAACUCGAUCCCGUGUAACAGCGCCCCCUGUCAGAACAACGCGCGGUGCAUCCUAGCCGAGGACAGGGAGGGCGGAUAUUACUGCAACUGUCCCUCUGGAUUCGAGGGAAGGCACUGUGAAACCGGUCUACGUAAAUGUGGCAGCAACCCCUGUCAACAUGGCGGCCGGUGCACAGACAGAGUCAUCGGUUCUACAUAUAGCUACAGCUGCGUCUGUCGACCUGGUUAUUUGGGAGAAAAUUGUCAAAUAGAUGUCAACGAAUGUAGCAGCAACCCCUGCCAACAUGGCGGAUGGUGUGUAGAUAGAGUCAACGGGUACAGCUGUGAUUGUCAACCCGGAUAUACCGGGGAGCAUUGCCAAACAGAUAUCAACGAAUGUGGUAGUAUAAACCCAUGUCAACAUGGAGGGCGGUGCAUAGAUAAAGUCAAUGGCUACAGCUGUGAUUGUCAACCUGGUUAUACCGGAGACAAUUGUCAGACAGAUAUCAAUGAGUGUGCGAGCAGCCCUUGUGCUAACGGAGGCGUCUGUCGGGACGGAGUAAACGGUUAUUCCUGCGACUGUCUGGACGGAUACACCGGUCUUCGCUGCGAAUCAGCGCCGGCGCCAUCCUGCACUGCUGGCCAGUUUCGCUGCGACAACGGGAAAUGUAUAAGUGAAGCCUGGAAGUGUGACGGGGACAACGACUGUGGCGAUGCCAGUGAUGAGCCGGCUAGCUGCCCUCCGUCUGAAACUUCAACUACGGAGGAGCCUACUGAGCCCGAGGAACAAACAACAUGGGACCGCCGCCGUCGCAAACGUCAUCUACCGGUUCAAGAGCUAACUGCAGAACAAAAGUUCCGAAUUGACAAUGCAAUUCGCACAGCAGAGAUAGCUACAGAGCGCGGUGACGUCGAAACCGCCAAACAGUCGUACAAAGAGGCAGUGAACCUGGCCCCCAAGAAUGCAGCCGUGAUCACAAGAUAUGGCCGCUUUCUGGAGACGAUUGGAAAGCUGGAAGAAGCCGACGAGAACUACGCCCGCGCUCUCUUGUACGCCCCGAACACAACAUCGGCGAUACAGGGUCGACACAGACUGCUACCUGUCCUGGAGACACGGUAUCGUGUGCUACAGACGGACAUAAGCCACAAGAAUGACUUCGUUGUUAAAGAACUACAGAAACAUUCAAGCUCCGCCGGCGUUUCAAAGAUGCUGUUCAACUGCUUCUAUCGCCCGUUUGUAUUUAGUAAUGAUUCGGUAGACACAAAGAGGAGAGACGGUGAAAAGAUAGGCAUCAUGGAAGCUGUUGAUUAUGUCAAAUCAACUCUAGGUAACAGAUCGCUUCCUGAUGUGAAAGAAAUUCAUCAGCGGUUGCUUAGCAGGAGCAAUCCACUGUGGGCAGGGCGCGUGCGCAAUAUGACUGUCUUUGUAGGACCUACCCACAAUCCACCGGGACCUGAUGACGUCGGAUCCAAGAUGGCGGAGUUUCAAACGUGGCUGACGUCAGAGGAAACACAAGACAUGCAUCCAAUAGAGAGGGCUGCAUCCGCCCAUCAUAAACUGGUCCAUAUUCAUCCCUUCAGAGAUGGCAACGGAAGAACAGCACGGAUGUUACUCAACGCGAUACUACUAAAAUCGGGAUUCGUUCCGGCGACAUUUUCUAAAACUGACAGGAGGAAGUACGCGGCCCAUCUCAUGAUGUCUGACGACAUCGGGCCAUCACACGGCAAGGCCUUCGUACGGCACGUGGCGCAAAUUGUUGACCGCUAUCUGGACAAGAUCAUUGAGCGUCUUCACGAUAAAAGCUUUCCAGUUUGGUUGCAAAAGUGUAGUUUGUAA